AUGGAACAGCAACUUGUACAACAUAUUCAAGAAAUGGACGCCCGUUUUUAUGGGCCCACAAAACAAGACUUAUGCAGUUUAACAUUCGAGUAUAAUGUGCCACAUAAUUUUCGUAACGGAUCAGCUGGGGAGCAAUGGUACUCAAAUUUUAUGAGGCGACAUCCCGAAUUAAGCCUUAGAACUCCACAAUCUACAAGCAUUGCCCGGGCUUGUGGAUUUAACAGGCCACAAGUGCAGUUAUUUUUUGAUAAUCUAAAUAACAUUCGACAAAAAUAUGUUUUCGAUGUGGACAACAUAUACAACGUGCACGAGACCGGUAUUCAAACGUCUGCAAAGCGGCCACCAAAAGUUAUCUCUUUGAAGGGAAAAAAACAAGUGGGCUCAAUUUCAUCGGCCGAGAGGGGGCAGCUGGUAAGCGCCAUAUGUUGCUGUUCCGCUACUGGAAAAUUUAUCCCUCCGGCACUCGUAUUUCCCCGGAAGAAGAGAAAUCCAAGAUACCUAAAUGGCACUCCACCUGGAACUGUAGAUUUUGUAAGCGACAAUGGUUGGAUAACUAGUGAGAUCUUCUUAGAAUGGAUGAAAUUUUUUGUAAAAUCUGUUAGACCAUCUCCAGAACAUAAAUGUUUACUUAUAUUGGAUAAUCAUAUUUCACAUCGAUCUUUGGAGGUGUUGGACUAUGCUUCUGCAAACAAUGUAGUAAUCCUUUCUGUUCCUCCACAUGCCACAAACAAAUUACAGCCGCUUGAUGUUGCGGUAUAUGGGCCCAUUGGAACAUAUUUUGAAAGAGAGGUUGAUAAAUGGCAAAAGCAACAUCCUGCACAACAUAUUACUUUCUACGAAUUAGGAGCAAUACUUGGAUCUGCUUAUUUACAAGGCGCUACUCCUCAAAAUGAAAUAAGUGGAUUCAAAAAGACAGGAAUACUCGAUGGCAAUAUUGAUGUUUUUAGUGACUUGGAUUUUGUUCCUUCUCAAGUCACAGAAAAGGAAUAUGAUGCCAACAAGGCUCAAAACCUUGCCGCUAGUAAUGGUCAAUCUGCAUCUCCAAGUUCACCUAUUCCGUCAUGUUCGAGGCAUGAAGUUGCUGAAGACACACAGCGUAACGUCGAACAUCGCACACCUCCUCAUUCGCCUAUAUCCCUCUGCUCUCUUGAAAAUGAGAAUCAUGGGAAAGAGAAUCGUUCUUCUUCUAUUCCAUCGUGCUCCUUCCAGUCCACUUACGAAAAUUCAAAUUAUUUUAUACCAUUAACUGCAAUUCAGCCUUUGCCACAGAAGUCAGAAAUUUUAACAUCUACACCUAUUAGAGAAGAGUUGAGAAAUAAGAAAAAUAAAAAAUUACCCAAGACCAAAUUGCCAGAUGAAAUGAAACGUGCAAAGAAACCUAGCAGUUCAAAUUUGGAUCAACCUAAAUUGCAGUACCCGCAGCCACCGGUACAUAAAACGGACCCCAAUGAAGAAAAUGUACCAUGCCUCGUCUGUGGAGAUACUUUUGGCAACUCUAGACCUGGCGAAACAUGGAUUGAGUGCAAUAUGUGUCAAAACUGGGCUCAUCAAUUAUGGGCUGAUUACAACAGAGGUGUCUAUAUUUGCGACAAAUGCAAGUUAUCAGUUUUGAGUUCCUUGAAAUAA